AUGGCUUCUAUUCGACCGAAAAUAACAGUUAUUCUUGCCUAUAUUAUAAUUGGAUUAACUUUAAGUGCAAUUACACUUGUUGUACUUUCUAUUAGUACUAAUCAUUGGAUACAUACAAUACGAAUGCGAGCCGGGCUUUGGAAACUUUGCCAUUUACAACCAAUAGCAUGUUUUCAUUCAAUAUUACGUACGCCAGCUGCUUUAUCAUUAACAGGACUACUUUUGAUUGUCAUCGGAUUGACAGCAACGACUAUAUUUUAUAUUAUUGAGGGGCACCACUUGCCACCAUCUGUUCGACCUAUAUCGUUGAUCACGGUUUUUUCAUUAGGUUUCGGUACAUUUUUUCUUGUCAUUAGUUCGGUGACAUUUUCUCAUAUUGCUGCUCAAUUUUGUUAUUCAUAUUAUUUGCUGAUUGUUGCUCAUUUAUUUUCAAUGACUGCAGCAAUUGUAGCUAGUUAUCUAGAGGGACGACGAAAUGCAUUAGUAUCUACGUCGACCACAGUGAGUCGAUUGGCUGUACGUAGACCUUGA